GUUGUUCGCCUUUAGCGUCAGCCCUUGUGACAGGCUGAGCUUCAGUCUGUCCAAGCAGGCCAACGAAGGCGCUGCUGCUGCUGCUGCUGCUGCUUCUGGGGACUGUCCGGAAAGCUCCGAGACGGAGCAGCAGCUGCAGCGGCUCGCUGACUCUCUGGCGCUGCGGCAGCAACAGUUGGAGGCCCUUGUUCGUAGCUACCUGCUGUCUAGCUUUAUUUGCGAGGGUUUAUUUAGCUGCCGGCCGCUGCUGAGCGGCUCUGCAGCCACGGGCGUUGCUGUCAGCAACAGCGACAUUGACCUAGGGGUGCUGCUGCCUGCUGCGCUGCAGCAGCAGCAGGCAGAUUGGCUGCUGCAGCAGCCGAAAGCUGUUCUCAAGGUUCAACCGUGGGCGGU